AUGAACCGCAGUGCGAAUAGCAGUAGGGAUUCCUCGGCAAAACGGUUUCUCCCUAAAGCACAUUCUUUGGAGCAUAGCACUAGUCCACCCGUGCCGCAUAUGAUUCCUAUGCAACAUUUACAACUGUCUCAUCCUCCGAUUGAUCCAUUCCCAAUAUCGUCAAGUCUUCCAAUUGGACAUCGUCUGUCAGUGUGUGCUGCUCUUACAGACGACUCACCAAGCGAAGAGUCCAUGGAAGCUGCCCAGGAUUUAAUGGGCAUGCAAUUACGCACUCGUCUACGCCUCUGCCUUCGCUCACGCAGUCUUCACCUUACUCCUGGUCCUCCUGGUCCUUAUCAUCCGGCUUGGUAUGCCUGCCAUCGUGCCUCAGUUGCUCUGCCGACUAGUUUCUCGAAUUCCUCAAACAGUUCUAUCUUUUGUUCUAAUCGACAUACUCCUUCUCCACCGUCACUACUCCGGUCACAUACUGAUGGCCCGGUAACCUCACGCCCCUUGUCGGAAUACCUACCAUCCGGUUUGGAUGCGAAUUCUGACUGGAGUUCAUGCUCAGCCGGUGCGAUCAAGCGGUUCUGUGAUAUUCGUGGCGGUUCCCAGUCUCGCAAUCGCUCGCCGAUUGGUAUUCCGGGAGAGCCAGCCCGUUGUGGUGCUCGUAGUGGUGGUCGUUCCCCCAUCUCCUCAGAGGCUGUGGUUCGUUCCGAUUGUAAAUCGGUCCAAGCGAACUCAGGGAUGCUCGAAGGAACAGACGCAAAACAUUCCACUCAUUAUCACCAUCGGCUAUCGGUCAGCUCCAGUGGCAGUGGGAUGCUGAGUUCCAGUGUAGUUACUGGUUGUCCUGGAGCCAGCCGUUCCAAAUUGCAUCCGACAUCGGCUUCCGCAAUCAGGGCUGGGGUGUCAAAUACACCAGAGUCUCUAUUUUCCUCUGCCAUACAUCGAGCCUCUUCACUUGGGGCAAAUGAUAUAAGGCAAUGUGAUGUACAUCGUCGUCCUUCAUCGGUGUCCGUCUCGGGUUCGGGUCCAGCGUACGUAGUUCACGCGACUGAGGAUGCGUCCGGGCGACACUUCCCUGUUGCUGCAUCUUCCCCUGCUCCUGGUACUUCCCCAGCGUUUUCCAAUUCAAAUGCUGUGGUUCCCAGUCCCUUUCAUCCACCGGUAUCCGCGCCGCAUUUGCUUUUCAUGCGCGAGCAUUCCCUCUCAUCUUCUUCAUGUCGACCUGAUUCUUCUCCUUCUCGCCACGCGGACGGUCAAGUCAUUACGGCCUCCAGUGGAUCUAUUCACGUACCCGGUCGAAUGCCUGUCACAACAGCCUCUGUCGGCUUCAGAAAUAGGCCAUCUGGAGGCUUGUACAAGUACUACAACUACAAUGCACAGGCUUCACCUUCUCUUGCCAGCACAUACCACCCCUUGUGUUUCGGCAGUCAUUCAACGGCAACAAAUCUACUUCGGAUGAAACGCACUUCCAUGGGUUCCUCAGCCCCGAAUCUAGUUUCCUUAUGGGAUCGUUGUUAA